AUGGAAGUGACGCAAGUGUUCCGCCCCGUGAGUAUGCGGGAGUGGUUCAUGAUUGACCCUGUCUUGAAUCGAGUGAAGAAUAAUUCCUCCGUCAACGGUGUCAAAGCGGAAGUGGCAGAAGCUGUGAGCACAGCGGAAGGCCAUGUGAUUUGGAGAAUAUCCGGCAUCGCUCAAAGAGCCGAAGUCGCCGUCGAACUGGAAGAUGGUCGGAAGCAGAGUCAAUCGCAAGUGCACAUCGGCACCUUGAGGGUGGAUCCCCUGAAACUCCUCUGUGUCCCAAAGAGAAUCAUCACGCGAUCCCUCGUGGAAGUUGCCCCGAUGAGUCUGGUCGUCCUCGAGAAGAUCGAUGACAGUUUAGAGGGACUUGUGUCCGCCGAAGGAACCGUCACCGACCUUUCCAAAUUCGGUUUCGGAAAAUCAGAACCUCCGACACCGAAGAAAGUGGUCGUGAAGCAAGAACCCAUGGAAAAUGAUGCAGCGGAACCCGAAUCUCCUGAGGACCUCGUCGAGUGGAACGAUGAAGAGGACACGAUAGCACCUAUAAAUAUUGUAAUUAAGCAAGAGAACUCGCCGAUCGGGGAUACCCGCCCCCCUCCUCAUCCCCCCGUUCGCAGAGACAGCAGAACAAUUAAGCGAAAACUGGACGACGUGAUAGCGCAGGCAGAGAAGCGGAAAAAGAGCGAUACUGAUUUAGAACAUCGGGCCCUCGUCGAUAUCGAAUGCAAAGAGCUCCACGGCACAGCCAGCGUAUACGAGGAUAACGGUGAUGUCUACAAUAUAAUGCUUAACCAGACGAACGUGGAGUUCAACAACAAUAAAUUCUUCCUUCUCCAGUUGCUUAAGACUGACAGUCGCAACCAGUACUACGUUUGGUUCAGAUGGGGACGAGUGGGGAAGAAAGGAAGGAGCGCACUCUGGCCCUGCGGGGAUGAUCUCGAUAAAGCAAAAGAGAUUUUUGAGAAGAAAUUCUUGGACAAGACGAGUAACGAGUUUUCCGAAAGACAUCUCUUCGACAAAGUGAAGGGAAAAUACGACAUGGUCCAAAUAGCGGCCCAUCAACCCGACGCCGAGGUGCUCAAAGAGGACAUAGGUAAACUCGCCAAUCUGAACAAGGAUCGUCACAAACCGUGCACACUCCCGAGAAAGUUGAAGGAGUUCAUCGAGCUCAUCUGCAGCAUCAAGAGAAUGGAGAAAGUCUUGGAGCAGCUCAACUUCGACGCCAAACGAUCCCCGCUCGGUCAGCUGACCCGAGCUCAAAUCGUGACCGGUUUCGACGCGCUCAAACGGAUCGAAGAUCUGAUAAGCAAUAAUAUUAGGGGGUCCAGAUUGACGCAGGCGUGCAACGAUUUCUACACGAGGAUCCCACACGACUUCGGCAUGCGAGUACCCCCGAUCCUGAGAACCCGAGAAGAGAUCCGUGAGAAAGUUGAGCUUUUGGAAACGUUGACCGAUGUGAAAAUCGCUGUCGAGCUGCUGAAAAGCGAGACACCGGAAACAUCGUUGCAUCCCAUCGACAGACACUAUAUCUCGCUCAAAGUCAAGUUAGAGCACGUCAGUCCGAAAGAGAUGCAAUUGAUUGAACACUAUCUGGAGAAAACUCACGCACCGACCCACAAUCAAUACAAGAUGACCAUCGAGGCAGCUUUCCGCAUUGAGAGAACCGAGGAGAGGAAGGCAUUCCGGAAAGAUCUCCCGAACCGGAUGCUGCUGUGGCACGGCUCCAGACUGCCUAAUUGGGCGAGUAUCUUAUCGCAGGGCUUGAGAAUCGCUCCGGAGGAAGCUCCGUCGACAGGGUACAUGUUCGGGAAGGGCGUUUACUUCGCGGACUCCUCAUCGAAGUCGGCGAACUACUGUUUCCCUUCGGUUACGCAAAACGAGGGCGUUCUGCUGUUGAGUGAAGUCGCGCUCGGCAGAAUGAACGAGCUCUUCGAAGCUGAUUAUGAAGCGAGCCAGCUCCCGAGAGGUCGACACAGCGUGCGAGGUAUCGGGAGAAUGACGCCGAAAGCCGACGAAAGCGUCACGGUGCCAAGCCCGCACGACAUGAAGAAGCUACUCAUCCCAUGCGGGGAGUUGGUGAAACACGAAGAUGAGGAAGUGAUUAGGAAAUGUACAUUGAGUUACAAUGAGUUCAUAGUCUAUAACGUCAACCAGAUCCUGAUGCGGUACGCUUUACGUGUGAAAUUCAAGUUCCAGUGAGAGGCUUCAUGAGAGGUAGGUAUAGCGUAUUUCACUCGGCCACGUCGGAAUCUCUGAUUACCCUAAGCCGCUCGUUUAGAGAGAAGACUUGAAUCACGAUCGGCCGCUGUUGCCGGCCAGACAUGAACUUUUUGUGCGAUACCUCGACUGGCGAUCACGCUUCAGCGAGCCGUGCGGAUAUCAGGAUAGACUAUAUUAUGAUCUGCCUCCCGGCUAGAGUUCCCCGCGCCGUCAAAAUCGGUGCCAUCACUCGCCGUCGAUCCCGUGAAAGACUCAGUAUCAAAUGAUGACAUCGAUAUCUCAUCCUCGCUAUGGAGCCUAUGGUGCUCAUCAUCGAGAUAUUCAUCGGCGCCCUCGGUGUCCCUCGCA